UGGAUUACUGCGAGCGUUUUAAGGAAUUAGUGAAGUGUAUAUUAACAGUGAAGUGAAUCGUUUAACAUUGAAGUGAAGUGAAGUGUUGUAUUUGAUGUAAUGGCGUCCUAUGGAGAUAACUUCAAUGACACUGUGGUGCGAGCCUAUGGGGAAGAGUUUCCGCUCCUGAUGCCGAGAUGGGGAUACGUUGUGUCAGCGUUCGUCCUUUUCCUUAUUGGAUUUUUUGGAUUCUUUCUGAAUUUAAUGGUGAUUCUUCUCAUGUUCAAAGAUCGACAGUUAUGGACACCGCUGAAUAUCAUACUUUUCAACCUCGUAUGCUCGGAUUUCUCGGUAUCUGUGCUCGGUAAUCCACUUACACUCAUCUCUGCGCUAUUCCAUCGGUGGAUUUUUGGACACACCAUGUGCGUGUUAUACGGCUUCUUCAUGGCCUUACUUGGUAUAACAUCCAUCACAACCCUCACAGUUAUAUCCUUUGAGCGGUAUCUGAUGGUGACCAGACCGCUCAGCUCGAGGCAUUUGACUUCGAAAGGCGCUGCGCUGUCAGUUGUCUUCAUCUGGACUUACUCCCUAGCGCUGACCACGCCACCUUUAAUGGGAUGGGGAAACUACGUGAAUGAAGCUGCCAAUAUAAGUUGCUCAGUGAAUUGGCACGAACAGUCUAAGAACACGCUGACCUAUAUCCUGUUCCUGUUCGCGAUGGGACAGAUCGUGCCGCUGUCUAUCAUCACCUUCAGCUAUGUCAACAUCAUCAGGACUAUGAAAAGAAAUGCCCAACGUCUUGGUCGUGUGAGCCGAGCAGAAGCGAGAGCGACCGCAAUGGUCUUUACAAUGAUCGUAUCCUUCACAAUCGCUUGGACACCGUAUUCGCUGUUUGCAUUGAUGGAACAAUUUGCUACUGAAGGCAUAGUAUCGCCAGGCGCAGGUGUAAUACCAGCAUUGGUAGCAAAGAGUUCCAUAUGCUACGAUCCUCUAAUCUACGUUGGAAUGAACACUCAGUUCCGGCAAUCAAUCAAGCGCAUAUUCGGAAUUCACACUAAACGAACAAACUCACAAACAGAUAAAUGUUACAAUAACACCAUGCUGUCGCCUGCCCACAAGCAAUCUGCGUACAACGAAAUCACAGUCCGCUAUAAUUCUUCAGAGACAAUCAUGACCAGCACACCAAAGAGACCGAAGGAAGUAAAUACAAACGAAGACAGUGUAAAUCAGUCAGUUUCAAUGUCUUUAAAUGAUGUCAAUCGAUCGAGUGGAAAAGCUUGCGAACUCCGUACUAUUCAAGAGAACAAAACCGUAUCUGAUGCUGAGAGGUCCAGUGAUACGGUUUGCGAUGAAGAAAGUUGCAACAGCAACAAAAAUUUAGAAUUUGUUUUCGGACAAUCUUGUAAAAUAUUCAAACAUCCAUCCCCUGUACUAACAAUUGUCAACACUGAUCGUCUUGUUUUCAGUAGAGUACCGAAAGAUGCAGCUCAAGAGGCUGUUGACAGUGUAUAUGGCAGCAAAGUAUGUGACGAACACAAGAUCGACAUGACACCACAAAAUAAUACAAAUCCAGAAAAUAACGUUAAUGAGAACGAUUUAAAACGACCCAUCAAACAUAGCUUCUCUCUUGAUCUCGGUGGCGUGUCUCAAGAAGGUAGGAGAAGAAAAUUUUCCAUAGAAACAAAACUCGAUACUUUCAAUCCCCCGAAAAUAUUUUCCAAAGAUGGAGUUGUAAGUAAACUUUUCGAUUCAGACACAAAACAAAGACACGAUAGCGUUAGAAGUUAUUUAUGUGAUAAUGAAACAAGUGACAAUGAAGAGGACCUGUAAACGAAUUUGAUAUUUGAAUUAAUAAUAGUCACGACGGAUAUUGUCAUAAAAUGCUGUUAAUAACCUCAGGCGGUUAGGGCAUUUCGAGGUGCGCUCCGCGAUGAGACGUUAUAAAUUAUUAUAAGAAUGAAGGCUAUCGUCAAGGAUCUGUGAUAAAGAUAUCAGUGCCAAGAAAAAUUAUAUCUAAAUAUUUUUUGGAACGGGAGAAACGAAUUAUUAGAUAACAUAUAAGUAUAUAUUAUAUUAAUGUUGAAAUUAAAUAUAUUUAUAACUUAUAUUGUAUGGACGAUCACUUUGAAAUACGAGUAUAAAGUUGAGGAAGGAAAAUAAGGAAGGAUCUCA